GAGUCUUAAGGUACUCCCACCCCCACCCCCCUUGCUCACUUUGAGUCCAAAAAGGGGUGCACGUUGCCGGACCGCCGCACUGGAAGCUCUGUGGUCUUGCCUUGGGAAGGAAAGCAGGACUCACAGGAAGCAUUACGAUGAGUUCAAGCUGGGACAAUCCCCACAGUGGGGACGGCAGUGGGAGCGAGGAGGAGGAAGGGAGGGAGCGAGAGAUUAAUGUGAUUAAUUGUGAUUGAGAGAGCGAGAAAGAAGAAAAAAAAGAGUCCAGGAACCCAAGAGAAAGACAGCGACUGAAAAGGUUGGGUCUCUUCCUCGUGUGGACACACAUCCACAUCCACAUCCACAUCCACUCUCGAUAAACUCCACACCCCGAGUACAAUGGAAGACACGACAGAGACCGACUCGCUGACUGAUGCACUGCAGGCUAUCAGCGUGAGCACCGACCUCAUUGAAGAGGAGCUCAAACCUCAUUUGGACACAUUACUGGAUGCACUCUUGGAGAAAAAGAAAGAUGUUGCUGUUGAGAUUUCUAAAAGUGGGAUCCUACCUAUUUUGGCUCAAGUGUUAAAGAAUAAAAGCAGUCUGAGCUGCCAGGUUGCUCUGGUGGUGGCUGAAAUGGCCCGGGAAGCGGCAGUCAGGGGCUUGUGUAUCGAGGCGGGCUUGGUAAAGGUGUUGGUUCCUUACCUGGACAGCGGAGAUCAGGAGAUGCUGCUGAACGCUGGCAGAGCCAUUGGACGUAUUUGCUUUGAUAACACACACCAGCAGGACCAGUUAGUUGAUGCUGGCGUCAUCCCCAGACUGGUGUCCAUCAUGAAGAAAUAUCCAGAGAACGAUCCCCUGGUCAACGUCUGCGUGCUGGCUCUCUGUAACUUGGCCGACAUGGAUUCUGCGAGGGCGGCCCUAAGUGAAGUUGAUGUGGGAGAUGUUCUCAUAUUUCAUCUGAAGCAGACAUCUGAUGCUGAACGUCGACACGUCAUCCUGGAAAUACUGGCAUCCUUGGCCAACAAUGACGUACUGAAGUUGCAGUUUGUGGAAUGUGGGAUACCAGAGGUUUUAUCUGAGAUGAUUCGGGGUCUUCAGGGAGGUUCGGACCCUCACACGCUUUGCAGCAUUAAGGUGGCCUCCAACCUGACUGUGUCCCUGCUUUUAGGAGAUGAAUCCAUGCAGAAGUGUUUCGGCGAGGGGUCGGGAAUUGUGUACCAGGACGUUGUGUCCUGGCUGCAGAGCUCCAACACUCAGCUGCAUUUGUCCGGAGCGCUGGCUAUCGCCAACUUUGCCCGAAAUGACAGUAACUGUGUGAAGAUGGUGGAACUCGGCGUGGUUCCUCACAUCCUAACGAUGUUGGAACAGCACAUCCACGAAGGAGAUGUGUCUGUGCUCCAUGCGGGUUUGAGUGCACUACGAAACCUAGCCAUUCCAGCAACCAACAAGGCGCGAAUGCUUGACGAUGGGGUGGCGGAGAGGAUGAAGGCGCUGCUGCAAUCUGACAUGCCGCCGGUUCAAUUCAAACUGUUGGGGAUGCUACGAAUGGUGCUUGAUGGACAAGAGGAAGCAGCCAAGGUGCUGGGAACUGAUACGACGGUGCUAAGUCGGGUGACGGAGUGGUGUUCGGUCAAAGACCACGUUGGAGUGCGAGGAGAAGCCAAUCGUCUGUUGGCUGCCCUUAUCAGAUACAGCCGCAGCCCCGAUGUUGUCCAGGCCGUAGCACAAGCGGAUGGGAUGCGCCAUCUUAUCUCCAUGUCCAAAAGUGAACACGUCAUCAUGCAGAAUGAGGCUUUGGUUGCCUUGGCGAUUGCAUCUGAGAUUGACUUUGCCGAGUCAAUGAAGAGUCUGGUUAUGGAAGCAGACCUGUUGACAGUACUGAAGAGGAUUUUGGAAGACCCGACAGGGACGAUGGAGGUCAAGCUCAGUGCUUUGAGUCUCAUCGGCAGCCUUGCCACUAGCAGUGUGAUGAAGAAGGAGUUGGAGGAUGUGAACAUGAAAGGCAGCCUGAUUGACCUGAUCGACCACAGCAGCAGUAAGCUGGCCUUGCAGGCCGGCGCCAUACUUUCCCUGCUUGGUGACACCAGCUGAAGGUGGCAAGGAUCUUACAUAUGUUACAUUCAUCAUGGCAUCGAAACCCUUUUAGAUUGUACAGUAUCGCUUUCUAUAUGUGAAUGGGAAUCGGAUUGGAUUGAUUCUAAAACAGCAAUUAGUAGUGGAUAGUUACUUUUCUUACCUUUGUGUUUAGAAAUGGCAAACUUACAUUUUCUAUUUGUGAAGUCAACAGUAUUUAUACAUUAAAGGAUCAUAUUUUGUAUUAGGAGCGUAUUACAGAUUUUUACAAAUUUAAUAUGAUGUUGCAAUAUUUGACCAAAAAAUAAAUAAUCAUGAAUUGUAUUGUUUG